AUGUCAGCUUUGAUAAUGAUUGGUGUUCAGGGGGAGGGGGGUGUGGAAGGGAUCUCUGGAGGCCGGUCAAUUGGCUUAUGCAUGUCAAUUACAACCUUCACCCUUUACCCAGCUGACCUUCAACAUUCACUACCAACCUGCCUAGUCAUGGGGUUGAACGAUGAAGUUGGUGUCAAAGAUUCUGGAUACCAACCCAUGAGGAUGAGGAAUCCGAGACAAGGAGGAUUUAAAGCCACCUAUUGCAUCUUUGUGAUGAUGGGGCUGGACAACAUAGGCUUUGUGGCUAACAUGGCAAGCUUGGUUUUAUAUUUCAUGUUCAUCCUGCACUUUGACCUCUCUGGUUCUGCAAACACAACCACAAACUAUUUGGGUACAGCAUUCUUGCUGACAAUCGUUGGAGGGUUCAUCUCUGAUAGCUAUAUGACUCGUCUCAAUACUUGUCUACUCUUUGGUGUGAUUCAACUACUGGGAUAUAUUUUGCUCAAAAUUCAAUCCCAUUAUCAUAAACUGCAACCUGAACCUUGUGGGAAGUCUACCUGCGUUCAUGGUACAAAAGCUUUUCUGUUUUAUGAUUCGAUAGGCUUGCUGGGACUUGGAGGAGGUGGAAUCAGAGGCGCUGUUCCAGCUUUAGGGGCUGAUCAGUUUGACGACAAGGAUCCUGAAGAACGCAAGCAUAUAGCCACCUUCUUCAAUUGGUUUCUGCUUAGCAUUACCAUUGGGGCUUCCAUUGGUGUAACAUUUGUGGUGUAUGUCAGCUCACAUGUUGGGUGGGACAAAGGUUUUAUCAUCUCCAUGUCGUGCGCAUUUGUUGGUCUUGUCUUUGUUGCAUUAGGAAAGCCAUUUUAUCGUGUUCGGGUGCCAGGAGAAAGUCCAUUGUUGAGAGUCUUACAGGUUUUGGUGGUGACAGUGAAGAACUGGAAGGUAGAUGUACCCAACUCGGAUGAACUCUAUGAGCUACGCGAUCACAAGUCUCUUUCAAAUGGAGAGCUCAUCCCUCACAGCAACCAAUUACUAGACAAGGUGGCUUUUCUGCCAAAAGGCAUGGAGGCAAGAAAAUGGAGGGUGUGCAGGGUAACACAAGUAGAAGAAGUGAAGAUUCUGGCAAGGAUGAUGCCCAUCCUACUAAGCACCAUCCUCAUGAACACAUGUUUAGCCCAGCUGCAGACCUUUUCUGUCCAACAAGGGACCAUCAUGAACACACGCAUUGGCCAAUUAAACGUCCCACCAGCCUCAAUUCCGGUGAUUCCUUUAGUGUUCAUGUCCCUUCUCAUACCGGUCUACGAAUUCGCCUUUGUGCCAAUCUUGCACAAAAUCACCGAUCACCCCAACGGCAUAACCCACUUGCAGAGAGUUGGGGUUGGACUUGUCCUCUCCGCACUCUCAAUGGGAAUAGCAGGCAUCAUAGAGGUGAAGAGGAAGCACGAAUUCAUCCACCACAAUUAUCGCAUCAGCCUCUUUUGGCUUGCUUUCCAUUAUGCCAUCUUCGGAAUUGCGGAUAUGUUUACACUCGUGGGGCUGCUGGUGUUUUUCUAUAAGGAGGCUCCUGCCGGCAUGAGAUCCCUUUCCACUUCCUUCUCCUGGCUCUCUUUGUCUAUCGGCUACUACUUGAGUUCUGUGUUCGUUGAGCUCAUAAACUUGGUCACUGGUAAGCUCAGUAAGAGCAAGACGGGGUGGCUGGAAGGGCGCGACAUGAAUACAAACCAUGUGGAGCGCUUCUACUGGUUCUUGGCAAUUCUCAGCGCUCUCAACUUCGCCAAUUAUGUGUUUUGGGCUAAAUGGUACAAGUAUAAAACAGAUGUUCCGAUUGCUGAAGAAAUGCUACUCAGAUCAAGCCAAGCAGGCGGCGUAGAUCAAUCAUUGUCUGCCAGUACUAUGAGCUUUAUAUCCAAAAACCAAGAACAAGAAGAUCAGAGGCAGAAUGGGGUUAAGUAAUCUUACAUGACAACUUAAUUACCUUGAUCACCAUUCUGAAAGUUGAGCAAGUAGUGUCCUCAUUAUAUAUUACAUAAUAUUUAUACAAACCUUCCUCCUCCUCUGCAAUCCAACAAAAAAGGGAGGAAAGUUUGCUUUUUUGAUAAUAUGUAUGCUCUAUAGCUGAAUAAAGUACUUUCAUAUGUAUAUUUGAAGUGUUA